CGGGCGGGACAGAAGACAGCAAGCCGCCGCCCGGCUGCGCGUAGAUGGAGCAAGCGGAGCCCGCGCAACGCGGGCAGCAGUAAGCAGCGAAGCCGCCGGACCUCGCAAACUCGCCAUGGAGGAGGAGAGUAUAAAGGAGGAGAGCGAGAAGCCUCGUGGAGCACGGACUGCAGACAAGGCUGGCUGGAUCAAGAAGAGCAGUGGGGGGCUUCUGGGUUUAUGGAAAGACCGCUACUUGCUUCUCUGCCAAGCUCAGCUGCUGGUCUACGAGAACGAGGAUGAGCAGAAAUGUGUAGAGACGGUGGAACUUGGGAGCUAUGAGAAGUGCCAGGAUCUCCGGACUCUCCUCAAGCGGAAACAUCACCGCUUUAUCCUGCUGCGAUCCCCAGGGAACAAGGUCAGUGACAUCAAAUUCCAGGCCCCCAGUGGGGAAGAAAAGGAAUCCUGGAUCAAAGCUCUCAACGAAGGGAUCAACCGAGGCAAGAACAAGGCUUUUGAUGAGGUAAAAGUAGACAAGACCUGUGCCCUAGAGCAUGUGACACGGAACCGGGUACGUGGGGGCCAGCGGCGGCGGCCACCAACAAGAAUCCACUUAAAGGAGGUAGCCAGUGCGGCUUCUGAUGGGCUUUCACGGCUGGACCUCGAUGUCCCAGACAGUGGACCACCAGUGUUUGCUCCUCUCAGUGACAUCAGUGAAGACCAGCCCCAGGAGCCACCUCGGGCUCUCAUGCCUCCUGUCAAACCUUCCCCAGUACCAGAGACCUCUGGAGUUGAGGACAGCAAGGAGACUCCUGCAGGAGAGAGAGCCCUAACCCCUGACUCUGCAAGCUCUGAGGCCAAUCCUGAGAGCCAAGAGGAUGCAGAGAUCCCAGCAAAGGAGGACAGUGACUUUAAAAGGCUCCCCAACAGCACCUUGUCUGAGAAACUGAAGGUGAGCUGGGAGAACCCCAGCCCAGAGGAGCCUUCUGCUCCUGAGAGUGCACAGUUGUCCUCUUCAGAGACUCCAGAGGCUACCCCCAGGGAGAGCAAAAAGCCCCCUGCACCCCCUCCCAAGAUCCUGUCGGAGAAGAUGAAGGCUUGUAUGAGUGGAGUGGAUGCUUCUGGUCCAUCCCAGAGUUCUGAGGCCCCUGAGACCACUUCUCCAGAGCCGACACAGGUGUCUGUGAACGGCAUGGAUGAUGGUCCUGAGUUGGCCUUACAGGCCAUGGGCAUCCCUGGACCUGCCCCAGAGGAUGCGGCAGCAUCCCCGGCACUGCCCUUCUCAGACUUGCCAUCCCAGUUUCAUCCUCGCUCCUCUUCCCUUGGGGACCUACUCAGAGAAAGCCCUCAGCAUCCACGACUGCCCAAGGAGAAGUUGUAUCGGGCCCAGCUGGAAGUCAAGGUGGCUUCGAAACAGACAGAGAAAUUGUUGAACCAGGUGCUGGGCAGCGAACCACCACCUGUGUGUGCCGAGUCAUUGCUCAGCCAGGCUGUAGAGCAACUGAGGCAGGCCACGCAAGUCCUGCAGGAAAUGAGGGAUUUGGGAGAACUGAACCAAGAAACCCCUGGGCUAGUGCAAAAACGGAAGGAGCUGGUGACCCUCUACAGGAGAAGUGCACCCUAGGCCUGCCAAGCCCUAGGCACCUACCCCCCAAGAACCCCCAUCUGUCACUACCCAACCUUGCUAAGAAAUGAGCUACAGCUCAGGCUGUAGACGCACCACUGGGUACAUCAAGUUUGGCCAGGACUUGAGGCUCCUGAUGGCCUUUCUACUCUACCCUAGCCUGGGGCUACCUGUCCGGCCUCUUCUCUAGGCUCUGGGCUUGGGAUGGAGCAUAGUCCUGUGGUCUGUGUGGUGAUGCAGACUGCCCCCAGGGCUUUGGCACCAUGGUUGGAGUUUCCAGGAUGGCACCGUCUGUUCUCACUGCCAACGGUUUACAUUCCUGACCUGCCUGAGGCUCCCAUCUUCUGGUCUUCAGGCAGAUUCCACCAGCCACACCCAGUUAAGAGUAGCUAGUGGGGCCUUGGGUCUGGCUGUAGUGAAAUAUGUGGCCUUUAGCUGGAGCCUAAAAAUGGGUAAGGGUCUGGGUGAAGGGGCUCUUUACUCUGGUUUGUUGCCUUCUCUGCAAAUUGAGGGUCUUCUCUGUAGCAUCCCUACCCCUUUGGAGAGCUGUAAUUAGAUGCUCAGAUCUCAAGGCUUCCAAGGGGGGAAGAGAAACUCAGGCUUCCUGGUACAGUCUCCGCUUCGGGGCCAGCUUCUGUCCAGCCUUGCACAUUCCGGAAGAUAAAAACCCUAGAGUGGGCCUGUGUUAACAGCUGAAAAGCCUGUAUGAAAUUAUCAUUAAUCAACCUUUAGAGGCCCCACCCCCUGCCCCUGCCUUCUGUGCCUCCCAGAUGGGAUUUAUCUGAGUCUCUGUGGUUCUUCCUCAGCUGGAACCGUUCUGAUAGCCACCCCUUUUCUUCACAUGCUGGAGUCUGUGACUACGAUCCACCUAUCAGGCCCCUGGUGGGCUGCCCCUCCUUUACUUCCUAGUGAGAGGAGUGUUUUCUCUCCUCCCUUUCCCUCCUCCCUUCCCGUUGCCUCCGGCUCUCUGAGGGACCCUUGAGUCUCCAGCACACUGCGGCAGCCGGCAGGACUGGGCAGGACUGAGGCUGGAGCCUCGCUGUGGGAAGGAGCGGUCACAUAGAAUCUGCCCUGAGGAUUCUGUGUGUGCACUUUGUUUACGGGAAGAGAAGGGAGGGUCACAUGAUGGCCCUUCCGCUCACCCUGCUCCCAGCCGCCAGUUGUGCCCACCAAGGCCUGCCAACCAGUGCAGGUUGAUGCCUUCAUUAUUGUACUGGCCCUUUCUAGCUGUGGGGAGUGGGCAGGGGCAGAGUAAACAGUGGUGUCUUGCCUCGAGGCCCCUCCCCCCACCCCUGUCAGCCUCAAACCUCACUCCUUGGGCUCCUAUGCCAGCCUGCCUUUCCCUCCAUCUCCUGUACAAGAGCAAGAAUGUCCUCAGGUGUUCAGUCUUGAUCCCCUGCCAUCUUCCCUUGGGAACAAUCAUCCUCUACAGCAACAAGGGUGCUGUACUUCUUCCAAGUCACCUGCUUCCAGGAAUUAGAGCCCGGCUGUGCUGUCAAGCGACUAGUCGACUAGUCGGGCAAGUAGUUCUGGGGUUACUGCCUUCAUGGCCAGUGCCAUUGCCAUUGGUUCCCAUGCUGGUGGGGUGGAGUGGGGAUGGGGACUGCCAAGGCUGCCUCCCUGCCCUUACGAUCCAUCUCUCUUGUCAUUUGGCAAUAAACCUCAUUUUAUGGAA